AUGUCUUCUCCUGAAACUACCGAAAUACGAGGCUCGAAAACAUCAGCCUCGUCUUUCUUUAUGGAGUCCUUACUCAGUUCACCUCAUCAGGGAUAUGUUUCAAGGGAGGAAAUGGGACCGCUACAGGGCUUUCUGCCGUGGCCGUUCCCGCAGGAACUCGGAAUCUCCCCUGAGCAGCAGUUGGCGUUUCAGGCAGCAGCUCGUGCAGCACUGGCCUUUCGUCUUGGCGUAGCGCCACCUCCGAAUAUACCAUUGCCGCCUCAAGGUAUCGCAGCAUUACAUGAAAUCAAGAGAGAAGAAGCGAUGCCGAUUGGGCUACUUCCUCGGUCCUUCACAGAUCUUGGAUCUGUUGUAACGGCGUCCGUCGCGGAACCUAGGUCGGAACAACAGGUCGCCGAACCACGGACCUGGGUGCCACCCGUCGGUCGCAGCUCUCCGGAUCGCCAGCAUGCCGACGACAUUAAGCGAAUUCGUACUGCUUUCACUGGUAAUCAGCUUCUUGAACUUGAGAGGGAAUUCUCUUCAAAUAUGUACCUGUCUCGAUUGAGACGUAUCGAAAUUGCCUCUCGUCUAGGCCUCAGUGAAAAACAGGUAAAAAUCUGGUUUCAGAACCGUCGUGUUAAGCAAAAGAAGUCUGGAAAAGAGGUAGUCUGCACCAAAAACCACUGCGGAUGCUGCAACAGUUCGUCGAAUCGCAAUAGCAGUAGUAAUAGCAGUAAAGUGAAGGAGGACGGUGCCGGAAGCGGCGUGUGCAGUUCAUCUCAGGAAUAG